CCAAAUUCUAUGACAUCUUCGUCAAUUGACGUGAAAAAUUUAUCAGAAAUUCAGUUCUGCAUUUAAUUUUUAGCUUGUAAAUCAUGGCAGAGCUCCUAAUUGAUCCCGCAAUUCGUGUAUGGGUCUUCCUGCCCAUCGUGCUGAUUACCUUUUUGGUAGGAAUUUUGCGGCAUUACACGUCGAUUCUGGUUUCGUCGCAGAAAAAAGUCGAAUUAACACAAAUUCAAGACAGUCAAGCGAUGAUCCGUGCUCGAAUGUUGCGGGAAAAUGGAAAAUAUUUAAAGUACCAAAGCUUUGAGAUGCGACGACAUUUCUUCAAUAACGAGGAAACGGGGUAUUUCAAGACACAAAAAAGAGCUCCGCAAGGUCCCAAUUCGACGGCAAUGCUCACGGAUGUCGUCAAGGGGAAUUUUAUUAAUGUGUUGCCGAUGGUUGUGAUUGGCGGAUGGAUUAAUUGGAUGUUUUCGGGCUUUGUGACGACAAAAGUUCCGUUCCCGCUGACUCUUCGGUUCAAACCCAUGUUGCAACGAGGCGUCGAAUUGGCGUCUUUAGAUGCGGCUUGGGUCUCGUCAGCUUCGUGGUACUUUUUGAACGUCUUUGGGCUGCGAAAUAUUUACACUUUAGUCCUUGGAGAAAAUAAUGCUGCCGAUCAAACCCAAACAAUGCAAGACCAAAUGUCGGGAGCAGCAAGUUCCAUGCCACAAGACUCCAAAGCCGCAUUUAAGGCGGAAUGGGAAGCUCUCGAGAUCACCGAGUACAAUUAUGCGCUGCAAAAUGUCGAGGCAGAGUUGUGUGUGAAGGAGGGCAUCAAUGGAGGGCAAAGCGCCCAUCAAAAUAACAUUAAAUAAUAAUUUAGGGGGACGCGGGAUUGAAUUUUUAGAUAAAUUAAUUGAAUAUUAAAGUAAUAGAGAUCAAUCAAUAUA